UGAUGCAUUAUAAAUGUGGUUACUGUAAUUCACGAACAAAUCUAACAAUAUGUAAGCUAUUAUAAUUAAUAAUGAAAAGCUCUAUGCAUGCAUAAUAUACAGGCUUUCAUAGCAAGUGUUACCAAAUCUCCUUCUUCUUCAACGUCAGAUCAAGUUUGAUCAAUAUCGCCCUGCUGGUCCAAUUGGAGGAGUCGCUCGCACUCACUCUGAAUGUGAUGCUCUCAGUCGCCUCGACCAUCUUCAGCACCAGUCCCUCUCCAUCUCCCCCCUUCUCUCUCUCUCUUUCCCUCUCUCUCUCUUUCUCUCUCUCUCUCUCUCCUCACAUGCAGAAGAAUUGUUCUCCAUGAGUCGCUCCGCUUCACUCACGGCUGGAUUUUUGCGUUUAUGAUUCUCCUCAAACAGUUCGUUUUAUGAGGCUUGAUUUUUUUGCGGCAGGAGAGAAAAUGGCUCAAAGCGCGCUGCUUUUUUUAUUAUGGCUAUUCGGCACAUCUCUCGCUGGCUUCCCCAAUCAGAUAAAUAUCGGUGGGCUCUUCAUGCGUUCCACCGUGCAAGAACACAGCGCUUUCAGAUUCGCUGUGCAGCUCUACAACACCAAUCAGAACAUGACUGAGAAACCCUUCCAUCUCAAUUACAACGUAGAUAACCUGGAGUCCUCCAACAGUUUCUCUGUCACUCAUGCAUUUUGUUCGCAGUUCUCCAGAGGGGUGUACGCCAUCUUCGGCUUUUAUGACAAGAAGUCUAUGAACACGCUGACCUCCUUCUGUGGAGCCCUCCACACCUCCUUCGUCACACCCAGCUACCCCAUCGACUCAGACGUGCAGUUUGUCAUCCAGAUGCGCCCUCCUUUGAAGGGCGCCGUCCUGAGUCUCCUGUCUCACUACAAGUGGGACAAGUUUGUCUACCUCUAUGACACAGACAGAGGAUUUUCCAUUCUUCAAGCCAUAAUGGAGGCAGCAGUGGCAAACAACUGGCAAGUUACAGCGCGGUCGGUGGGCAGCAUAACGGACCCCCAAGAGUUCCGGCGCAUCAUUGAGGAAAUGGACAGAAGACAGGAGAAACGCUACCUCAUCGACUGUGAAGUGGACAGAAUCAAUGUCAUCUUGGAGCAGGUUGUGACACUUGGAAAGAACAGUCGGGGUUACCAUUACGUUAUUGCCAAUCUGGGCUUCACCAACAUCAGUCUGGACAAGGUGUUUCUCGGCGGAGCAAACAUUAGCGGCUUCCAGAUAAUCAAUCCGGAAAACUCAGUUGUACAGCAGUUUCUCCAGAGAUGGGAUCGUCUAGAUGAAAGAGAGUUUCCUGAAGCUAGAAACACACCUCUGAAGUAUACUUCAGCGCUGUCUUAUGAUGCUAUCCUGGUCAUUGCGGAGGCGUUCCGGUACCUACGCCGCCAGCGAGUAGACGUGUCCAGGCGAGGCAGUGCAGGCGAUUGCUUGGCUAACCCUGCGGUCCCUUGGAGCCAAGGAAUUGACAUCGAACGAGCUCUCAAAAUGGUCCAAGUGCAAGGAAUGACUGGCAAUAUCCAGUUUGACAGCUUUGGUCGUAGAUCAAACUACACUAUUGAUGUUUAUGAAAUGAAAACAGGGGGACCAAGAAAGAUCGGAUACUGGAACGAGUUUGAGCGCUUUGUUAAUAUAAUGGAUCAGCAGUUCACCAACGAUUCCUCCUCAGUGGAAAACCGAACAAUUGUGGUCACUACUAUUAUGGAAGCACCAUAUGUGAUGUACAAGAAAAACCACAUGCAUCUGGAAGGCAAUGACAAGUAUGAAGGCUACUGUGUCGAUUUAGCUUCUGAGAUUGCCAAACAUGUUGGGAUUAAGUACAGACUGUCCAUAGUCAUGGAUGGAAAAUAUGGCGCCCGUGACCCUGAGACCAAGACUUGGAACGGGAUGGUGGGUGAACUAGUCUAUGGGAGAGCAGAUAUAGCUGUCGCACCGUUAACAAUCACGCUUGUGCGAGAGGAAGUCAUUGACUUUUCUAAGCCCUUCAUGAGUUUGGGCAUCUCCAUUAUGAUCAAGAAACCUCAGAAGUCCAAGCCGGGUGUGUUCUCUUUCCUGGACCCUCUGGCAUAUGAGAUCUGGAUGUGUAUCGUUUUUGCCUACAUCGGCGUCAGUGUGGUGCUGUUCCUCGUGAGCCGCUUCAGCCCCUACGAGUGGCACCUGGAUGAGACUGAUGAAGCCAAAGACCCCCAGACCCCUCCAGACCCGCCUAAUGACUUUGGGAUUUUUAACAGCCUAUGGUUCUCUCUUGGGGCCUUCAUGCAGCAGGGCUGUGAUAUCUCACCAAGGUCCUUAUCGGGCAGAAUAGUGGGAGGCGUCUGGUGGUUCUUCACCCUCAUCAUAAUCUCGUCCUACACGGCCAACCUAGCUGCUUUCCUCACAGUGGAAAGGAUGGUCUCUCCCAUAGAGAGCGCUGAAGAUCUAGCCAAACAAACAGAGAUUGCAUAUGGAACCUUGGACUCAGGAUCAACCAAAGAGUUCUUUAGGCGUUCAAAAAUAGCGGUGUAUGAAAAAAUGUGGUCGUACAUGAAAUCGGCCGAGCCCUCCGUCUUCGCCAAGACCACACCGGACGGAGUGGCACGGGUACGAAAGUCGAAGGGCAAAUUCGCCUUUCUUCUCGAAUCCACCAUGAACGAAUACAUUGAGCAGAGGAAGCCCUGCGACACCAUGAAAGUGGGCGGCAAUCUGGACUCUAAGGGCUAUGGUGUGGCGACCCCCAAAGGCUCAGCAUUAAGAAAUGCUGUUAACCUGGCAGUUUUAAAACUGAAUGAGCAAGGCCUGUUGGACAAAUUGAAAAACAAAUGGUGGUACGACAAGGGAGAGUGCGGCAGCGGGGGAGGUGACUCCAAGGACAAGACAAGUGCACUGAGCCUGAGCAAUGUUGCUGGUGUCUUCUAUAUUCUGGUUGGUGGACUAGGGCUGGCCAUGAUGGUGGCUUUGAUAGAGUUCUGUUACAAGUCACGUGCAGAAGCCAAACGGUUGAAACUUGAAAAGAACGCCCAAAACUAUAAGCCAGCCCCGCCAGCCAACACCCAAAACUUUGCCACAUACCGAGAAGGAUACAACGUGUAUGGAACAGAGAGCGUUAAGAUCUAACGACUCACAGCCUGGCAGCGUGGUGUGACGAUUCCGACAAGACACCUUACAGAGACGGCUGGAUCUUCAGGAGGGGUCGCCGCCCCUCUCGCCCACUUUCUCCAUACACAUCAACUCCAGCCUCUCCUGCCCACGCAGACGCCACAGCACGCUAAUCAAAGACCCCGGCCGCGUGGACUGCCGCGAGAAUUGGAAUAGAUUUCUUCAGUGCCUUAUGGAAUAUUCAGAGUCUCACACUGAUGCAAACUCAUCGCAGAAACAUUGCAUCACUCAAAUCAAUGCCAUCAUCAUAUCUGUGAAAUAAAAAGCGAGAAAUAAAGCCAUCACUUGCGAUCUUAGCACACCGAAAGAGCCGAUCGGACUCGAGACGUCCUCUCUGGACAUUGGUGGUCGAGCUUGUAAUACUGUAAAUUUGCUUUCACACUCAUUCAAUCGGUGUAUUAAUUUAUCAGAAGAUCAGGAUCUUUGUGAGUCGGUCGGAUAUGUUGCAGUAUAUUGUGUGCUUUUCUUUUGUCUGAUGAUCUAUAUUUCUCAGAAGUUCAGAAGCUAUAAACCCCAUUUGACCUUCAAUAAUGGCGUUCUCACACGUGAGCUUCAAAAAACCAAAAAUCACCUCAGAGUCUCACGAUUUCAUUCAUCCGCACACGCUUGACAUGAACUUCCAAGAUUUUGUAGUCAUUACGGCAUACUAUACAAGAAACAGAAGCUAUAAAACAGAUCACAUUAAUGUAGAUAAACCGCAAUCCACAAAAAGGACAUGGCUUUUACGAUGUAGUAUUUGAUUACCUCACGGUUUUCCGAAUAUAAUUCGCACAUGAAAUCAAGCUUUGAGAUUUAGUUUUAUUUGAUGAGCAUUAUUAGUGUUUGGUGAAUUAUUUAGAAAACAAGACUAGGAUUAAUAACAUUUACAAUAGAUUUAUAAACGGAGCUAACGGGAAGCUUAGCACAUUUACAUUUUGCUGUGACAUUUUUGUGUUGGAGAGAAGGAAAACAAACUGUGACUCCGUGGGGCUGAAGGAUAUUGCUGAUCCUGUGACCAUGGACAGAUAGUUUUAUAAUGAAAAGCUUUUAAAAGACUACAACGUGGAAAACAAAAUCUAAACGAACUGUACAUUUCUAGUGAAGGAUUCACAAACGAGUGACUGAAUUCCCAAAUUUUCUAUCUGCAUGCGAAAACUUGUGAUUGCCAAGUAAAGCCCUGAGACUUCCAUUAGAUUCUAGAGGGUCGGUAGAAAGUCGGUUUCAGCAUUCAUAUUUUGACCUGCUCCUAACUGUAAAACUGCACUUCAGCCCAGAGUACAUGAGCAGGCGGCAGGCUGAUGUAAGACAUGCAUGCGUGGGUGUCCUUUCCCGAGCCCUGAUAGUGAGGCCUUGUACAAAGAAUUUUAAUACAUUUUGUAAAUAAAGACAAAAAAAAAAAAAAAAAAAAAUGUAUAGAAGAAUGUGUGGGGGCUUUUUUUUUUCCUUGCUGACAAUGUGUCUGUGGUCCUCAUUUUAUCAAUGCAGGCUAUUUGUGCUGAGAAGGUUUUGGAUUACAAAGAAACCAUCAACCACACGAGAAUGGCAUUCUCCGUCAAUACUAAUGUUUUCACACUAAUAUUUUUUUUUUGUUUCACUUUAUUAAAAAAUCACGUUCGUUAUAAUAAAUAAAUGGAGUCAGCACCAUGUGUACAAACUGAGAAAAUGUUGUAAGAUUGACUUUAUAAAGGAAAUGUAUGGAAUAUUCUGUUGCACACAAGCAAACUAUUGUCUUUUGGGUAUUAAAGGUAGGGUAGGCAAUUUCAGAGAGGCUAGCUAUAGAGCGCUGCGAGUGAUGGUGAAUUUUUGAAGCAUCACACUGGUUCCCUCGACAAAAACCACAUAGGAUUUUUCCAAUGGCUUUUGGAUUUCAGAGAGUAAGCUCUGUGACUAACAAAAGCUUAUGAUUCUUACAUGUUUGGUUCAUUAUGAUAACCUUUACAAAUGAACAAGCCUAAAUACAGUCGGCAAAAGUAAAAAGCUAAAAGUAGGCUAUAAACGACCUACACCAUGGUCACAUGAAUUCAACAUCACCAUCACUAAGCUUCCAACAACUCCUUCUGUCCUUUAGAACAUUUUCCCUUAAAGUUUGACUCAUUUCAUUUCAUUACUGGAUAAAUCAGUGUGUUUGAAUAAAUCUGUUGAAUGAAUGAUUCAAUGACAUUAAUUCAAAUACAUUUUUUAACAGUCACUUGUCACCACCUACUGGUGUAACGAUGUAAUUGAUACAAUCUUAAUUUAAAGCAUCAAGUUACUUUCAAAUGGUCAUUUACUCUGUUUUGAUCACUACUGUAGACAUAAGUGUUUAUAUCCGAACUAUAAACUUUUAUCCCAGUACUUCUGUGAUAAUUUGAAUUAUUGUGACAGAGAAAUAAUGAUACUGUGUGGUUGAAAAGACUGUUUCAUACAUGAAAACUGCUCUCUCUGGAUCAGCGGCAGCGCCAACACAGAUCUGAAUGUUUGCUGAGAUCGUACUUGUCAAAGGUUUCAUAGACAUAGCCGAAUCAUGAUCAUUUUGGAAUAAGAUUGUGUGGGUGUUUGAAUCGAGAUUACAAUCUUUUAACAAUUAUUCGUGCUGCUCUACAAGUCUGUGAAAGCGACUACUGCGUAGAUGAGUUUACCUGUUCAGCUGAUGAUGUUUAAUACCCAUAAUGCCCUCAUUUAGCCUUUUUCAAGGCACAAAAGUAAAAAAUCACAAGAGGGUAUUACUGAUGUAUUUUAUGUCUUAGAAUAAAACGUGAAAAUAUCUUGAGCUUGUGGUCACCACAGACUUUAUUUCAGGCAU